AGUAGUGUAUUGUUAUGAUGAAUGAAGAAUGGCGGACGUUGUCAUAUUACGAUAUUUGUUCACAUUUCUAUUGAUAAAUGCUUGCUGUGCAGGGCUACCUGGUCUGGACGAAGAUGAGGUGUCAGGCAGCACACAGGAACCUGAAUCACAGCAUAUUGAUGACCCGAUCACAAUUGAAAAGAUGAUGGUACAACAACCAAGGUACAAAUGCCAUCAAUGUGAGCCUCCGGAGUGUGGGUCAUCCAAGGAGGAGAUAUGUCACGACGCCCUCUACUGCUUCAAGUCCUCAGUGCGCGCCUCUGACGGGGAGUUGAGGCACUCGCGAGGGUGCUCCACUCAGAGGGAUCAUUAUCAGUUCACUUGUCGAACUAAUACUCCGCAGCAGAGCCUCCGCAAGCGGCACGCAGGUCUCCACAACAUAUCGUGUUGCCAAGGCGACCUGUGCAACGCGGGUACGUUCCCCGAGCUGGCCCCGCUGGCCGACACGGCCAUAGAGCCGCUGCCGUCCAACGCGUGGAAGCUGUGGGCCAGCGUCGCUGCCUCCGUUCUCGUCGUCAGUGCUAUCGGGGCUAUGGCCAUCUUUGUACUGCGCCGGAGUCAUAGGUUGCGAGUCUCCCGCGCCGCCCUACACAAGCUGGGCGCGGACUCCAACUACUUCUCGUCCAACAUGUACAGUCCGCACGUGACCAGCGCUUUCUAUGAAGGUGUAGAAGGGUCCCAAAAUGGCGGGGGGCUCCGCGCGACGGCGGCCGGUGACUCGACGCUCCGCGAGUACCUGGAGUGGUCCGUCACCAGCGGGUCGGGCUCCGGCCUGCCCCUCAUGGUGCAGCGGACCCUCGCCAAGCAGGUCUCGCUCUGCGAAUGUGUUGGAAAGGGUCGUUACGGCGAAGUAUGGCGCGGUUCCUGGUACGCGGACAGCGUGGCUGUGAAGAUAUUCUUCUCCCGAGACGAGGCCAGCUGGAGGAGGGAGACAGAGAUAUAUUCCACUGUACUCCUCCGACAUGAGAAUAUACUCGCCUACAUAGGCAGCGAUAUGACUAGCAGAGGCAGUUGUACGCAGCUAUGGCUGAUCACCCACUUCCACCCGCUGGGGUCCCUGUACGAGCACCUCAACCGGACCACCCUGACCCAACACCAGAUGAUGGCCAUCUGUCUCUCCAUCAUCAACGGCCUACUGCAUCUACACACUGAAAUACAUGGCACACAGGGUAAACCAGCAAUCGCCCACCGCGACAUUAAAACAAAGAACAUCCUGGUGAAAGUGAACGGAGAGUGUUGUAUAGCCGACCUGGGUCUGGCGGUGACCCGAGCCCACCUGACGGCCGGCCUGCAUCAUAACCCCCGCCAGGGGACCAAGCGGUACAUGAGCCCAGAGAUGCUGGAUCAGAGCAUGAACGUAUUGUCCCUGGAGUCGCACCAGCAAUGCGACGUGUACAGCGCGGCGCUGGUGCUGUGGGAGGUGGCGGGGCGGACCCGGCCCGCGCCGCGCGACUACCGCGUCCCAUACUACGACCUGGCCCCCGCCGACCCCAGCUUCGACGACAUGAGGAAGAUCGUCUGCGUCGACGCCGCAAGGCCUGAACCACCUGAUGAUCCGCAUCCUACAAUGGUGGGUAUGGCCCAGUUGAUGCGUGAAUGCUGGCACCAGAAUCCGUCAGUCCGCCUCCCCGCGCUUCGCAUCAAGAAGACUCUCCUCAAACUCGCUGCAGCCGACAACUCCAUCAGACUUAAUGAAGAUAACGAGGUCUCCGUCUAAUAUAUAACUACGUAGCAACUCAGGUAUAUACAUAAACUUAUUAUGAAGGCCUAAAUAAGGGGUUCUAAGAUCUAGUGUCGGAUUAAACGAAACAGGGGAGGAUUGGGUAGUUUCCUAGGUCAAAAAUAAAUUACUUCGACG